AAUUCAAGUGUUGUGCAAAGAUUCCAGGCGCUUUGCUCGAUCAAGCACGUUUAACGUUUUCCUUUCUUUUUCCAAGUCCUUGAGAUAACUACCAAAUUCAAGAAUCCCCCUCUUCGACACUUGCUCAUUACAAGAGUGAAUACACAAACCAAGGCAAGGAGAUAAAGAAAAUAAUACUGUGGAUCAAGAUGGCGGCACCCUCCCUCCCCUCCAAAUACAAAGCCGUCAUAUAUGACAAACCAGGCACAAUAUCCACGGCGGUAACCACGCUCGACAUGCCUUCGCCCGGGCAAGGCGAGGUCCUCGUCAAGCUAACGCACUCGGGCGUGUGUCACUCUGACCUCGCCGUCAUGACGAACGGGUGGAAGUCAUUGCCGUUUGGCACGCAAGCGGGACAAGUUGGUGGGCACGAGGGCGUGGGAACGAUUGUGCAGAUGGGACCCGGGACGGAUAAUGCUAGUGUCAAACUGGGGCAAAGAGUGGGAAUCAAGUGGGUUUCUGGUAUAUGCGAAGCAUGCGAGGCGUGCAGGGCAGGCUUCGAUGCUGCAUGCUUCAAUGCGAAAAUCUCGGGAUACUACACCCCAGGAACCUUUCAGCAGUACGCCCUCGCCCCCGCAAAUUACGUCACACCCAUUCCUGAUGCCCUCGCUUCCGACGCUGCCGCGCCGCUACUCUGCGCCGGCGUGACCGUGUACUCAGCACUGCGCAAAACCAAUGCAGAGUCCGGAAAUUGGGUGGUGAUUUCCGGCGCCGGGGGCGGACUGGGCCAUCUCGCUGUGCAGUUCAGUGCGCGGGGCAUAGGGCACCGCGUCAUUGGCGUGGAUCACAGCAGCAAGAAAGACCUCGUCAUGAAAAGCGGAGCCGAGCACUUUGUUGCUAUAGACGGCGGCCAGGACGUUGUCGAGACUGUGAAAUCGCUGACCAAUGGACUUGGCGCUCACGCCGUCGUCGUCUGCGCUGGUAGCAACGCUGCGUAUGCACAGUCAGCAGAAAUGCUGCGAUUCGGUGGCCGUGUUGUCUGUGUUGGUUUGGUAGAGGGAGAGGAUGCGCCGAUUAAGAGCGCGGUUCCUAGCCUGAUGAUCGGCAAGUCGUUGCAGGUUGUAGGGUCAGCGGUAGGGAACAGGAAGGAGGCGAUUGAGACCAUGGAGUUCGCGGCUAGGGGUAUCGUCAAGUCUCAUUUCAGAAUUGAGAAGAUGGACAAGUUGACAGAUGUAUUCAAGGAAAUGCAUGAGGGCAAGCUCCAGGGCAGGGUUGUGCUGGAUUUGCAGGAUUAGAAUCGGGAUGCAGACCUGAUGUUAGUAUGCUAUAGUUGUAGAUAUAAUUUUGAUAGUCAGUGGAAACUGGACUCGAUGUUGUAUCGUGUAAU